UCUCUUUGAGCAUAAAAGCACCCAAGCAGAGCCCAACCAGACCAACUCCCGUGCUCCCAAUUUAGCAUUCACACCCCUUCCUCUUUCACUGCAAUCUCCACUCCUCGUGCCCUCACACGAGAUUUGCCCCGCCCAGUAAAGCCUUGACAGAGCGACCAUCAAAGUUCGCUUUUCUCUUUCUUUCUCUCUCACCCUCGAUCUCAUCCUUACGUCUGCGUGACGUGAGAGCUUAAAGACAGCCUGCCGCUAGCACUCGUUGCUUUUCUUGUCUUCGCGUUAGCCUUCGCUGCACCACACUAAACACCUUUCGAAAUCACCUAGGACCCCUCGCACCUCCUGAUGAAGCUGAUGAACCUGCGUAUCUGGACAGCUGUUCUCUUCGGCAUCUGCUGCCUUGCCGGAGCCUCGGCAGACCCUGCCGACGAGGCCUCACGUGUCUCCUCGGUGGCAUCCCCCACACCGGCCCCCACUACUGAGUCGAGUGCCGGAAGGUCUACAGUCACUGUGUACCUGGUCACGACGGUGAACGGUGCGUCUUCGGCAUCGGACGCUGCUGCUGCGAGUCCUCAGCCCGUGGCUACGGUGGUGUCUGUCUUGAAGCCGGACGUCAUUACAGUCACCGCGUACCCCGACGCAUCCAGCUCGGUCGCGUCCGGUUACAGCGUGCUGAUUGAGUCGGUUUCCUCCGGCAGUGUUGUCAGCACAGUCGCAUCCCCUUCUGACUCGACCUACAGUGCGAGCAUUCACGUUCCAUCGCAGAAUGCGACGUUCUUCACCACGCGCAACCCCCUCGUGUCUCUGUCCACCAAGUCCAUUGCUACCUCCUUCUCGCUCGCCAUCCCCACGCAGCGCUUUGUGACGAACACCACCUCGGCAAAUUCCUCGUCGGCUUCGGCAGUCCCUACCUCGGUACUUGCAUAGCUUGUUUACCGAAUCCUCGGCAACUCAUGUUUAGCUACGACGCGGGGCGUCAUAGCUUGACCGCGUGCUCUCCAAGGGUCGAUUCUCGAUUGUUGAUGUAAAUUCACGUUUUUGGCAGGAUCCAGGCGUAUCUACACACCUUUUUUGUUCUUUUUGAAUACGGUUUCCUUUAUUAGUUGACAAAUGAAAUUUCACUAAAAAAUA